GUGGACCCAGCCUGUUACCUGAUCCUGAGAGGCUGGUGCAGGGUUGAUGCAUGAGUUCAGGGAUGAGCAGAAAUAAAAAUGAAGAUGACGAAUAUUGGAACAGCACAUGGAACAAAGGCUUCAUGUUUGAAAAUGAUGACGAUGAUUUUGCAGAGCUGAAAGAGUCCAAGCGAGCAGUGAAUAGCCUCCAUGACAUCGUGACUGAUGAUGAUGACGAUGUGGAGAAGGUCAGCUGGAGCGGAGAGCCUGUUGGAAGUAUUUCCUGGUCAAUCAAAGAAAAUGCAACAGGGGGCCGAUCGGGAGAUCUCAGGGAGUUGUCUGCCUCAAGGUCUAGCUCGGACACAGUGCAUCAGACUUCUUCCAAGCCUGCCUCCUCUUAUUCUCUAAGCAGCUUUUUCAAAGGUAAAAGGGAUUCUUCAAGUGGUUUAUUUGGGAUCAGCCGGCCUGGGAGUUUCCAGACACUUUCUGAUUCUGCCACAGGCAUACCCACCAGAUAUGCACCUGAUCUACGUAAAUCAAAGACAGAUUAUAAGGACUUUUCGACGGACUGGAGUCCAGAGCAGACAGUUAGACAGAUGCAGAAAGGACGAAUGUACUCCUUAGAGAGGUUUCGUUCUCUGAAAGACAAACUGCUUCUUGUAGAUGAAGCUGUGCAAACACAUGAUGGAAAUGUCAUCACUGCUAUUUUGAUCUUCCUGAAGAAAACAUUAAGCAAAGAGGUUCUGUUUCAAGAGCUGCAGUACAAGCAGGUUGCUCUGCAGCAAUUUGUCCACUAUCUGAAGGAGACGGGAGAACAGAAACUACUGAUGGAGAUGCUCAGAGCCCUGGGGAGGACAGAAGAGUUUGCACUCUUGCGCUACAAGGAACAUUUAAAUAUCAGAAGCCAUAGUGAGAGGAAGGAAUAUUUGAAAAGCUGUAUUGGGCUCCCGUUUGCGACUGAUGAUAGUGCCUUUGUUGAAGAUCACUAUACACUGCUGGAGAGACAGAUUAUUAUCGAUGAGAACGAUAAACGUGUUGAGGCAUCCAAACAGAUGAAAGUGUUCAUUGAGCACCCCAGGAAGGCUUCCAUCCUGUGCAUGCCACUCGUGACAACACUUUACUACUCCUGCUUUUAUCAUUACGGAGAAACGGAGGGAACGUUCAGUAGCCCAGCAAAUUUGAAAAAAACCUUCAAGAUUUCAGACAAACAGUACUUACUUACUGCACUGGCAGCCCGUGCCAAACUGAAGGCUUGGAAAGACGUUGAUAGCCUAUUUAUUACAAAGAACUGGUUAGGAUAUACCAAGAAGAAAGCACCAAUUGGAUUUCAUCGAGUUGUUGACAUCUUGGACAAGAACAAUGCCCCAGUUGAGGUUACUCAGGAAUACGUAGCUUUAGUGGACAACACAGAACUGAAGUUAAACCUUGCAACAAAAUUAAAGUGUCAUAACAUUGUGAUUGAUACAUACAGGGAUCUUAAAGAUCGCCAGCAGCUGAUCUUGUACAGAAACAAAAUGGACAAAAACUCCCUAGAGCAGUUGAAGAUAGACUGCAUCCUGAACAAUUCUCAAAUCAGAUGGAAAAAUUGAUGGCGACAGGUUCACUGCCGGAUUGUCUCCAGUGCUGAAGAGAGCAGGGGUUGGAGAACCUGGUAAUGAGGAUGGGAAAGCAUCAUCUUCACCCACUUUCUGAGAACCGCCGGUUUCUUCUCCCUUGUGUUUAUAAUUGAUAAUUCUGGGAGCUUACAUGUACUAUGCAUGUAUACUUCAUGUGUAUUCAGUGGUUCCUUUUCAAGGGUUGUGACGUUUAAUAAUGGGGGGAGGAAUAUGGGAGAUGUCGAAGCAAAGUCAGACUCAAGGAGGAGGUGUAGGUCGCCCAGCCGUAAGUAUGAAUAUAUGGAGCACAUCACCGUAUUGUUUGGGGAUACAGCUGUUUGGUUUUAGCCUUUGCAAGUUUCUGGUCAAACUCACUGAUAGGACUUUGAAAGAUGAACAAAAAAAUAGCCUAUUUAUUGUCUGUGUCUGUGAGUUCUUCAGUACUCCUGAACCUCCCCCCUGCCGUGUAAUCUACAAAAGUCUAUUUCUCUACCAUUAUUCCAGCAUUAACGAGAGGUACGAUACUUGUACAGAAAACAGUAAGAAUACAUUUUUAAUAAAGUGCCAAA